AUGGACCAGUCGAAUAAGGAGCAUCGUCCUAAAAAGGAGAAGGCGACAGCUAAAAAGAAGCUGCACUCCCAGGGCCACAAUGCGAAGGCAUUCGCGGUGGCCGCUCCGGGAAAGAUGGCCAAGCAGAUGCAGCGCAGCAGCGAUAAGCGGGAGCGCGCGCUGCACGUUCCGAUGGUGGACCGGACGCCGGACGACGACCCGCCGCCAGUCAUUGUUGCCGUUGUAGGUCCCCCGGGGACGGGUAAGACAACGCUGAUCAAGUCGCUGGUGCGGCGGUUGACCAAGACGACCCUCGGCGAGAUUAACGGUCCGAUCACGGUCGUCUCCGGCAAGCGCCGCCGUCUGACGUUCAUUGAGACGCCCGCGGACGAUCUGAACUCGAUGGUGGACAUUGCGAAGGUUGCAGAUUUGGUGCUGCUGCUGAUGGACGGUAACUUUGGGUUCGAGAUGGAGACAAUGGAGUUCCUGAACCUGGCACAACACCACGGGAUGCCGCGUGUGCUGGGAGUAGCGACACAUCUCGAUUUGUUCAAGUCGCAGGCCACACUCCGUGCAUCGAAGAAACGUCUGAAGCAUCGGUUCUGGACAGAAGUGUACCAGGGGGCAAAGCUAUUCUACCUAUCGGGUGUUAUUAAUGGGCGGUACCCAGACCGUGAAAUCCUGAAUCUGUCGCGUUUCAUCAGCGUCAUGAAAUUCCGCCCUCUGAAGUGGCGGAACGAGCAUCCAUACCUGUUGGCAGACCGUAUGACUGACUUAACGCACCCCGAGGUCCUUGAGACCCAGGGCACGCACGUUGAUCGCAAGGUCGCCCUGUAUGGCUAUCUACACGGUACACCGCUCCCAAGCACCCCUGGCUUCAAGGUCCAUCUCGCUGGUGUCGGUGAUUUCCCGAUUGCACAUGUCGAACGUCUGCCAGAUCCCUGUCCAACACCCUUCUUCCAGCAGAAGAUGGAGGAAUACGAGCGUGAGAAGGCCAAGAGUGGAGAGGCGUCCUCUACUGGCACGACCACUCGCAGGAGAAGAAGGCUGGACGAUAACCAAAAACUGAUCUAUGCCCCCAUGUCUGAUGUUGGAGGCGUUCUUAUGGAUAAGGAUGCGGUGUAUAUUGACGUCGGGGGUAAGAAAGGUGAGGAAGCCUCAUUUGUGCCCGGAAAGGAACGGGGUGAAGGUGAAAAGCUGGUUACCGGUCUUCAGGCCGUUGACCAGAACCUUCAGGAAAGGUUUGAUGGCGUUGGUCUGCAAGUGUUCAGCAACGGCACAGAGCUUCGCGCAGUCGAUGAAGACGAUGAUCUUGAUGAGGAGGACCUUGAUGAGGACUCUACAGAGCCGGUAAAUACUGGUCGGUCUUCUUUGCGUCACGCACGUCUGCAUGGGAAAUCUGUGCAGGAGGCCAAUGAUGAUAUUGACAACCUAGAGUCGGAUGAAGAGGAAGAUUUUGGUGCAGAUGAGCAAUAUGACCGUGAUGAUCAGCGUAUGAAGAGAGCCGAUACAGAAUUCAGUGAUGCCGACGAGAAGCUUGCCCUAGUUACCGACUCGGAGUUUGAGCUAUCUGACACUGAAACCUGGGAGCAGUCUGUAGCAGGUAAGUUGAAUGGCACUAUCCAGAAACACAAGAAGUGGGAUAUCAGCAAGUUGGUUUACAUGAAUAACAUUGAUCCUUCUGAUGUCAUUAAGAGAUGGAAUAAUGAACUACCUGAUGAGGAUCUUGAGGAAGAAGACAUUCAUGACGAUGAUGACUUCUUCCGCAAGAAGGAAUCACAAAUCCCUAGCAAGCUUGCUGGUAACACUGCUGGUGACCUGGAAUUUUUUGCUCCAUCAUUCCAGUCAUUAAGCGAAUUAGCAUCGAAAUGGAGUACCAUUGAUUCUAUCAAAGACUUUUUUGUAGGAGCUCCAGUACUGGGUUCGAACACCAAUGGUGGGGAGGAAGACGGUGACGAAGAGGAAGUCUACGGCGAUUUUGAAGAUCUAGAAGCUGCAGACGAAGAAGAUUCGGCCAAGAAGGAAACGGAGGAUCCAGAUUCUGACUCUUCAUUUGCUGACUUUGAAGAAGAGGAAAAGAAGGAUUUGACCCAGCAGGAGGAGCGUGAUUUAAAUGCAGCUAAGAAAGAGAAACUAAGACUCCAAUUCGAGAUGGAGGAGGGCGACAACUUUAAGGAAGACGAUCCAGAAAACGAGUACGACACUUGGUAUGAAUUGCAGAAAGCAAAAAUGGCUAAGCAACUUGAGAUCAACAAUGCCGAAUUUGAAGCGAUGACUCCGGAACAGCGGCAGAAGAUUGAAGGUUUUAAAUCAGGCUCAUAUGUUCGUAUCGUGUUUGAAGAUAUUCCCAAGGAGUUUGUGGAGCACUUCGAUCCAAAGUUUCCAAUUGUUAUGGGUGGCUUGCUACCCGCUGAGCUGAAGUUUGGCAUCAUCAAUUCCCGUCUCAGACGCCAUCGUUGGCACAAGAAAAUUCUGAAGACGAACGAUCCCCUCGUUGUAUCUUUGGGCUGGCGUAGAUUCCAAACUCUGCCAAUAUACACCACAUCUGAUUCUCGAACGAGAACCAGAAUGUUAAAGUAUACUCCGGAGCACGCGUACUGUACAGCAAGUUUCUAUGGGCCCUUGUGUGCGCCAAACACGCCCUUCUGUGGAGUUCAAGUUGUCGCAAACAAGGAAACAACCGGUAGUUUUAGAAUAGCUGCUACUGGUAUUGUUGAAGAGAUUGACAGCAGUGUGGAGAUCGUCAAGAAGCUGAAGCUGGUUGGAUACCCAUACAAGAUCUUCAGAAAUACAGCUUUCAUCAAAGAUAUGUUCUCAAGUGCAAUGGAGGUUGCAAGAUUUGAGGGCGCCCAGAUCAAGACGGUCUCGGGUAUUCGCGGAGAAAUCAAGCGUGCAUUAUCCAAGCCUGAGGGACAUUUCAGAGCUACAUUUGAGGACAAGAUCUUACUCAGUGACAUUGUGAUCUUGAGAACAUGGUACCCGGUCAAGAUCAAGAAGUUCUAUAACCCAGUCACCUCUUUACUAUUGAAGGAGAAGAAAGAGUGGACGGGAUUACGGCUUGUCGGUAGGAUUAGAGCUGAGCAAGGCAUGGAAACACCAUUAAAUCCCGACAGCGCAUACAAGAAGGUUGAGCGUGUUGAGCGUCACUUCAAUGGCCUAAAGAUUCCGAAAUCCGUCCAGAAGGAGCUACCAUUCAAGUCUCAGGUGCACCAGAUGAAACCACAAAAGAAAAAGACGUACAUGGCCAAGAGGGCAGUCGUAUUGGGUGGCGAAGAGAAGAAAGCACGCUCUUUGAUGCAGCAAGUGAUGACCAUCGCACACGCUAAGGAAGAUAAGCGCAAGGCAAAGAAGGCCGAAGAAAGAAAAGAGCGACUAAAACGGCUGGCUAAAGCCGAAGAAGCAAAGAGUGAGAAGGAAAAGCAGAGCAAGAAAGAGUUUUUCGCCAAGCACGGUAAGAAGAGGCAAUUUGCCGGCGGUGAGGGCAACAAAAGCUACAAAAAGAAGCGCUAA